AUGCUGUUAUUCUGGAACCAACUCAAGAGAAGCACCACUGUCGGUCCGAAAUACUUUUUGAAGUUGGAAGAGUCGUCGCGAACGGAGCGUGCGCACGUUUUCACUGGCUUUGAGAAUCGCGCAAACCUCAACUUGAUCGACGACAAGUGCUGGUCGGCAUGCUUAAUAGUACGAGUCUACCACAGCAAGCGGAGGCCGAGGCUCGGAAAGAAGGACAAAUGUUCACACACUCAACGGGUAGCCGAGUCGACCGACCUUAAUCUUUGGACGUGGGGACCGUUCUUGGGUGAGAUGUCCGAAAAGAUUCGGGUGGCCAUGGAGUCUGGCCACCGACCGAUUACCCUAGUCGCCGGCGGAUCAGCAGCUGGGUAUCUCAUCGAUGCCGUUCAGAAGCAUGGGUUGGAGAACAAUGAACUGUCGCUGACCUGCCUUUACACAUGCCGCGAUGAAGGACUUUUCCAAUGGGUUACGCAGGUCUUUGCAGCACUGACCAAAGAUGUAGCCAAGGAGAACGUUCGCAUAGUCGUCGCAUUGACUGAUGGCGGUAACGCAGAUGACGCAGAACUAUCGGAUAUGGUUGAAAGUAGGGUCAAGGCCAUUUCAGAUAUCACUGGUCGAUCGUCCUCGUCUGACGAAGAUAGUUCAAAAUCAUCUCUUAGCCUCCAGUAUGGUCGGCUCAACUUUUUUAAGCAAAUUCCACGGCGAAGUCUCGUCUACUUUCAGGGUUCUGGAGGGCUUCAAAAUGCAGUAUCCAAGGGAUGCAAGAGCAAUCGCUGUAGACUGAUCGCCGGACCCGCAUACGAUCAGGACGAGAAGAAGAAGAAGAACUUGCUCGAAGCACUUCGACUAAACUGUUUUGACAGGAAGGGGCAGGUAGUGUAA